GCGGGUGUUUUUUUGUUGUUUUCAUGUUUUGGUCUAAUUAACUUAUAUCAACUAGAGCUGCGCGCAGAAGACAUUUAUGUAUAUCCACUUUGUGUUUUCAAUGUUUUGCUGGUAUUCGUUAUUAUUUGUUUUGCUCUACGGUUAUGUUUACUGUUUUCUAUUUGGACAAGGGACUUUGGAUUAGGCGGACAAAUACCGAGUGGAUAUCUCACUGACUGAAAUAUUAACCGUAUAAUUAACGCUUUAUACCCUGUGGCCUGUCUCGUAAAAUUAGUUAUCUUACGAUUAAAAAGAUACUCACUUAAUUCAGGUGUGUAUAAUUUUAUCCUUAUCGGUUACCAACUGCGAUUGCAGUAGGUACUCGUGGUACGGUACCUGAUUCUGACUGGUGGAACGUCUGGCUCGGAAAUUCGGAAUGACAGAUGCAUAAAGGAAGCCAUCGUUGAAGUGGACUCUCUGUAUUUGGCGACAUCAGCUACGAUAGUGUACGAUGGCGAGCUCAUCUCACGAUCUCGCUGAAAGUGAGCCACUGCUUUGUCCGCAGUCUCGACGAGAAUCCCACAGAAAUAUUUGGUACCAGAGCCCGUACAUUGGGGGCCAGUUGGACGCUUUAGAAAGAACCGGCAGUGUUAGCGAUUUCAGCACCUUGCGACAACUGUUUGAUCAAGAUGAUGCAAAUUCCGAGGGAAUGCGUUCGGUGCGUUCCAAUUCGACAGGCAGUCAGGACGGGCACCUCAACCGAAUGCGAGCGUCAGUGCGAGCGUCUGCCCUUCCAGCAGCUGGCGAAUUUAGCUACAUUCGCAACAGAUAUGCUCCGUUGCGCGAAAAGAGCAGCACACGAGUAAUUUCGGAUCAGUACGAGAGCCUGGAUUACGACAAGUGCGAAAAUUCGCUGUACUUACGAGCUGAGGCAAAGCAAACUUUCUCCCAUGUGAACCGCAUCCAAGUGGAGAAAUGGAUCGUUAUGUUUUUUAUUGGGACUUUCGUGGCUUUGAUAGCUAAUGCGGUUGUGAUAACGGUGGAGAAAAUUUCCGAAUGGAAAUAUAGCCGGCUGCGGGACAUUUUUGAUGUCUGUUCUACAACGAAAGAAAACUGCUUAGUUCAGCCGUUGGGUUUUUGGAUCCUUAGUAAUAUGGUACCCGUUUUGCUGGGAAGUGCUCUCACGGUGUACGUCGCACCUGCCGCGUCCGGAAGCGGUGUAGCCCAAGUGAAAUGUUUUUUGAAUGGUGUGAAAAUUCCAGAAUUCGUCCGAAUCAAGACGUUAAUUGUGAAAAUAUUGGGAAUGAUUGGAUCCUUGACCGGGGGUUUGGCAGUGGGUAAAGAAGGCCCGAUGAUUCACAUUGGAGCCAUUGUCGGCGCAGGUGUUUCGCAGGGCCGUUCCACAACUUUCAAGAAAGACGCGCAUAUUCUGGAAGAAUUCCGUAGCGAUACUGAAAAGCGGGAUUUUGUAUCUGCCGGAGUGGCGGCCGGCAUUGGUGCGGCUUUUGGAGCUCCAGUAGGUGGUGUGUUGUUGAGUUUGGAGGAAGGUGCGAGCUUUUGGAAUCAGUCACUAACGUGGAAAGUCUUUUUUUGCUCCUUGGUUUCCGUUUUCGUCUACAACUUGAUAAUUGGUGUUUACGAUGGCCAUCCUGGCGACUUAUCAAAUUCUGGGUUGAUUAACCUGGGCGAGAUGAUGAACUUAAAAUACCUUGCAUAUGAAAUCCCGAUUUACCUGCUUAUGGCCGUUGGAGGAGGGCUCCUGGGAGCGAUUUUUAACUUCCUUAAUUUCCAUCUAACUAUGUUCCGGCACAAACAUAUUACACGGAAGUGGGCGAGAGUUUCAGAAGUUGUGCUGAUCUCAGCCGUCACGGCAACAGUUGGGUUCAUGCUAAUUUAUUUCAUUGACGAUUGCCAAAUGGUAAAGGAUACGAGCCCACAAAGAACGGUCCAGAUGCUAUGUCCAGAUGGAGAAUAUAGCUCAAUUGCAACCAUGCUGUUCCAGACAUCGGAGUUUAGCGUUCGAAAUCUCUUACACGAUGAACCUGGGACAUAUAGGCCGACAACUUUGGUUGCGUUCCUGAUAGUUUAUUUUCUCUUGGCUUGUUGGACUUGUGGCAGUUGGAUUCCGAGCGGUAAUCUGAUUCCGGGUUUGCUCAUCGGUGCAACUUGGGGCCGACUCUGCGGUAUCGGUAUGAUGAAGUUGGUUCCCGGUGUUCCAAUUGAUCCUGGAAAAUAUGCGUUGAUCGGGGCCGCAGCCCAACUGGGAGGAAUUACGAGAAUGACAAUAUCAUUGACCGUUAUUCUGAUUGAGACAACUGGAAACAUUACAUUUGGACUUCCAAUUAUGAUUACUUUAAUCGUGGCUCAGUGGGUGGGCAACUGGUUUAAUGAUGGAUUGUUUGACAUUCACGUCAAGCUUUUGCGCGUUCCUCUUUUGGACUGGGAACCUCCUCCACUUUCUUCCCACAUGACUGCAAGAUCCAUCAUGAGCUAUCCUGUUUAUACUUUCAAGACGGUGGAGAAAGUGGGUGUAAUUUACGAUAUUCUAAAGAAAGUCACGCACAACGGGUUUCCUGUUGUGGAGGAAGGAGACAUCCGUAAUCCCUUGUCUGACGAACCAGAAACAUUCGGGCGUUUCCGCGGACUGAUUUUGCGUUCGCAGUUAAUAACACUUCUUCAGAAUCGAGUAUUCAACGAGUCGCCAAAUAUCAGCGAAAUACGGCGUCGUUUGGAUAUCCGAGCUUUUCGGGAUGACUAUCCAAGAUAUCCUAGCAUCAAGGACGUUAUAAUUACCGAAGCAGAAAAGAAUUUCACCAUGAAUUUGUAUCCUUACAUGAACCCUUCUCCGUACGUUGCGUACCUGAGUACUCCUUUUCCGCGGGUUUUUCGACUUUUUCGAGCGCUUGGAUUACGGCAUAUUGCGGUUGUUGAUACACGCAACCAAGUUGUGGGCAUAGUCACUCGCAAAGAUUUAGCUCGAUACCGGGUGGAAACUCACAAAGGCCGAAUAAAGGUCGAAGAGCUUCAAGUGUCUAACGAGUUAGCAGUCAAUCCCAUAACGAGAGCAUGCCCUUAAAUUUAGUGCUGGCUGGCUGUUCCAAAUUUUAAAAUCUCUUGUUUUAACCAUGAUGCUUAUGUGAUUAUUGUUGGACUGUGAUUUCAACCGUACAGGUAGUAAGAACUACUGCAUCUUUCACUUUUUAGUAUUUGAAGAUUGUCUUACAAAAUCGAUGUUUGAUAUUGUACAUUGAUUCUGCAUUCACCUUAUUACUUGCUAUACACCUUUACUCUACACGUUUGUUCUUUUAAAGACCUAAAAAACAACUUCCGGCAAAAAGAUGUCCU